AUGAAAGGACUUCUUUAUUAUAACAGAGGAGAUCUCAGGUUCUCCGAGGAGGUUCCAGAGCCAAAAGUCGUUAACGAUAACGAUGUCAAGAUCAAGGUGGCAUACUGUGGUAUUUGUGGUACAGAUCUUCAUGAAUAUUUGGAAGGUCCUAUCUUUUUCCCCAAAGCUGGAAAAAAAGAUAAAAUAUCGGGAUUCGAAUUACCACUUUGUCCCGGUCAUGAAAUGUCUGGUGUGGUUGUCGAAGUAGGUGACAAAGUCACUCACGUCAAAAAGGGUGACCAUGUCGUCAUCGAGGCUACUUCACACUGUUCCGACAAAGCCCGUUACAAGGAAACUAUGAAACAGGGCUUGCCAUUCUGCAGUGCCUGUAAAGCUGGUAAGCCAAACAUCUGCAAAGAUUUGAACUUCCUCGGUUUGGGUACCGGUUCGGGAGGUUUUGGCCAGUAUGUGGUGUACGGCUCUGACCACGUUCUUAAACUUCCGGAGUUUGUUCCUUUGGACACUGCUGCUUUAGUCGAGCCUAUCUCUGUUGCUUGGCAUGCAGUUGAACAGGCCAAUUUCAAGCCGGGUCAGACUGCUUUGGUGAUUGGUGGUGGUCCAAUUGGUUUGGCUUCAAUAUUGGCAUUGAAGGGCCACAAGGCUUCUAGGAUAGUUUGCUCAGAGCCUGCUCUCAUGAGAAGACAAUUUGCUGAGAGGUUGGGUGCCGAGGUGUUUAACCCAAUGGAACACAAGGAUACAGUUGGAGAUUUGAAGGCAUUAGUUCCUGAAACUGAAGGUUUCGAUGCUGCCUUCGAUUGCUCUGGUAUUCCGAUUACUUUCCAAACAUCUAUUGAUGCUUUAGGGCAUGGUGGAAUUGCUGUCAAUGUUGCCAUAUGGGCUGAUAAGCCCAUCCAAUAUAACCCAAUGUCUUUGACUUAUCAGGAAAAACUCGCUACUGGUUCCAUGGGUUACGUGGUUAAGGACUUUGCUGAGGUUAUCGAGGCCAUCGCAAAUGGUCUCAUUCCUUUGGAGUCUGUGAGAGUUCUCAUCACUGGUAAGGUUUCUGCCCAGGACACUGUUGAAAAGGGUUUCAACGAGUUGAUCAACCAUAAAGAAAGCAACGUCAAGAUUCUUGUCACUCCAAAUGGCGAGCAGCUAUGA